AUGGUUUGUAAAUUGUACAAGGCUAUCUACGGCCUUGAGCAAUCCCCACGAGCUUGGUAUGCCAAAUUAAGUUCAGCUCUUGAAAGCAACAACAUGGGAGAGAUUCAUAAACUCAAGCCAUUUCUUCACAAGAAGUUUGCUAUUAAGGAUUUAGGGUCCUUCAAAUAUUUUUUGCGUAUUGAAAUUGCCUCCUCAAGCAAAGGUUUAUUUCUUAAUCAAUGCAAGUAUGUGCUAGAUCUUCUUCAAGAAACUGGAAUGCUAGAUACCAAACCAUUUAUUACCCCAAUUGACUGCAAGGCCAAACUUGGUCUAGAUGGAGAAUUGUUGGCAGAUGCUAGUUAUUAUCUGAGGCUGGUUGGGAGGCUUAUUUAUCUUACUGUCACUUGUCCUGACAUCUGUUAUGCAGCAAUCAAACGGAUUCUUCAUUACCUAAAGGGUUCCAUUAGUCGUGGUAUCUUGAUAAGGGAAAAUGGAAAUAGUUAG